AUGGUCAAGAACAAAAAGGAGCUUGAUGACCUCAAGCAGGAGGUCCGAAUGGACGAACAUCAAAUUAGUGUUGAAGAACUGGUCCAAAGACUUGGUACUGAUGUUCAUAACGUAAGUGAAAAUAUGAAAAGCAAAAAAAAUUAGGAAUCAAAAUUUUAAAUUUCUUGAAAAAAAAUUUUUUUUAGAAAAGUGCUUUGAUAUUUUUCAAUUUUUUUAUUUAUUUUUUUCCUUUACAGGGUCUAACAACCACCAAGGCCAAUCAAAUUCUGGCCCGUGAUGGUCCCAAUUCCCUAACUCCCCCGAAAACCACCUCAGAAUGGGUGAAAUUCGCGAAAAAUCUUUUCGGCGGCUUCGCUCUGCUCCUUUGGAUCGGCUCUUUUCUCUGCUACACCGCUUUCACCGUCGACUUCUGCACCAUGGAGCAUGCCAGCUUCGACAAUCUCUAUCUGGGCAUUGUCUUGAUGACCGUGGUGAUAAUCGGAGGUGUUUUCCAGUACUAUCAAGAGAGCAAAUCGUCGAAGAUUAUGGAGUCUUUCAAGGCUUUGGUCCCGACUUUUGCAAUGGUUUAUCGAGAUGGGGAGAAGGUUCAGAUCCCAGCCGAUAAACUGGCCGUCGGAGAUAUUGUUGAGGUAAUAAUUUGGGAAAAAAGUUAUUAAAAAGCUUCGUAUAGCAAGGUCAAAAAUGCUAACAUUAAUUUCGCCCUCUGGUGAAAGACUGUUGAAAAUCCAAGGUUCUGUUUCAAAGCGCUAUUUAAGAUUUUUCUCCCUGAAAAACUGGCCCACACAGGUGAUAACUGACAAGUUUCAAAAAAAAAAAAAAAAAAUCCGCGCGCUGAGCUUCAACCCUUGAACUUUUGAACUCUCAAAGCUUGUUGACCAAGUACAAUAUAGUUCCCAUUCAUAUUUCUCCUUACAGGUCCGCAGCGGAGACCGCGUCCCCGCCGACAUCCGAAUCAUUGAAGCGUCAUCUUUCAAAGUGGACAACGCCUCGCUUACCGGUGAAUCCGAGCCUCAAUCCCGCUCUCCCGAAUGCACCAACCCGAAUCCGAUGGAAACCAAGAACAUCGCCUUCUUCUCCACCAAUGCCGUCGAAGGAACAGCGAAGGGAAUCGUCAUCUACACCGGCGAUCGGACUGUGAUGGGAAGAAUCGCUCAUUUGGUCGCGGAUUUGGACUCGGGAAUGACUCCGAUCGCCAUUGAGAUCGAGCAUUUCAUCCACAUGAUCACUGCAGUUGCCUGUACCUGUGGGCUGACUUUCUUUUUCGUCUCGUUGGCGAUUGGAUAUCAUUGGCUUUCCGCGGUGGUCUUCUUGAUCGGUAUUAUUGUUGGAAAUGUGCCAGAAGGUAGGGAUUUCAUGGAACCUUUUUUGAAAAAUCGUUUUUUUUUAUUUCAGAAAUUAAUUCUUUUUUCAGGUCUCCUCUGUACCGUGACCAUCUGUCUAACGCUCACAGCCAAAAGAAUGGCCUCGAAGAAUUGCCUGGUCAAGAACCUCGAAGCCGUCGAAACCCUCGGCUCCACUUCGACCAUCUGCUCCGAUAAGACAGGAACGCUCACGCAAAACCGAAUGACCGUCGCUCACACUUGGUUCGAUCGCACUAUCAACAUUUGCGAUACCACUGAGACUUAUGCCGGGGCCGCCAACCGACAACGCGGAGAGACGGAGGCCGCUCUUCUUCGAGUUGCCGCCAUUUGCAGUCGUGCCGACUUCAAGCCAGGCCAGACGGAAAUGCCCGUAACUCGCCGUGAAUGCACUGGAGAUGCCUCAGAGAUCGCGCUGCUCAAAUACACCGAGCAACAGUUGGGAAACGUCGUCCAGUAUCGCCAGAAGAACCCCAAAGUCGCGGAGAUUCCGUUCAACUCGACCAAUAAAUAUCAAAUUUCCAUUCAUGAGACCGACGAUGGAAAUCCGGGCUAUUUGCUGGUGAUGAAAGGAGGGCCCGAGAGAAUCUUGGAACACUGCUCGAAGAUUUUGGUGAAAGGAGAAGAGAAGGAGUUGGACGAGCAUCUACGCCAUCACUUCAACGAGGCCUACCUUGAACUCGGUGGAAUGGGCGAAAGAGUUCUUGGGUUCUGCGAUUUCCGUCUUGACCCUAAGGAGUUCCCCAAAGGAUUCGCAUUUGAUGUAGAGAAUGUCAACUUCCCCAUGUCUGGCUUCCGAUUUGUCGGGUUGAUUUCGAUGAUUGACCCUCCUCGAGCGGCUGUUCCCGACGCUGUGGCAAAAUGCCGGUCUGCUGGAAUCAAGGUAAGUGAAAUCAUCUUCUUUCGUAAGUUCCUUCCAUUUUUAGGUCGUAAUGGUCACUGGUGAUCAUCCGAUCACAGCCAAAGCCAUCGCCAAGUCGGUUGGAAUCAUUUCUUCGGACACUGUUGAAGACAUCGCCAUGCGCAAGGGAAUUCCAAUCGAAAGAGUGAACGUGAAAAAAGCCAAGGCUGCCGUUCUUCAUGGUUCAGAUCUCCGUGAGAUGAGCAACGAUCAGUUGGAUGAGUUCAUCAGAACACAUGACGAGAUUGUGUUUGCCAGAACUUCGCCGCAGCAAAAACUGAUGAUUGUUGAGGGUUUCCAACGACAAGGUCAAAUCGUGGCUGUCACUGGUGACGGUGUCAACGAUUCUCCGGCUUUGAAGAAGGGUAAGGGCGUCUCUAUUUGGCAUUUAAAAGUCCGUUCUUUGGCAUUAAAACUCUAAACGCUUCAUUUUUCAGCUGAUAUUGGAGUAGCUAUGGGAAUUACCGGCUCAGAUGUCUCCAAACAAGCUGCCGAUAUGAUCCUCAUGGACGACAACUUCGCUUCCAUUGUGGUGGGAGUUGAAGAAGGCCGAUUGAUCUUCGAUAACCUCAAAAAAUCGAUCGCCUACACCUUGACCUCCAACGUCCCUGAGAUCACGCCGUUCUUGUGUUACAUCGUUUUCGGAAUCCCCUUGGCUUUGGGCGCAAUCACCAUCUUGUGUAUUGAUCUUGGUUCUGACCUCGUCCCCGGUAUUUCUUUGGCCUACGAAGCAGCUGAAUCCGAUAUCAUGAAGCGAAAACCGAGGGAUUCGAAGAGAGAUAAGCUGGUGAAUGAGCGUCUAAUUUCGCUGGCUUAUGGUCAAAUCGGUAUGAUUCAAGCGGCUGCCGGAUUCUUCACAUAUUUCUGGAUCAUGGCAGACAAUGGGUUCUUGCCCUCAAGACUUCUCGGCAUCCGUGCCGAGUGGGAAGCGAAAGCUGUGAACAAUCUGGAGGACAGUUAUGGCCAGCAAUGGGUGAGUUUUUUAUCAUAAAACAACAGUAAAAUAGGGAUUAGCAUGCCGAUGACAUGGUAAAAUACGGUCCAAUUCAUACCUCCAAACAAUAUUAAUUCAAAUUUAUUUAGACCUAUACCGACCGCAAAGUCCUCGAACAUACUGUUCAAAGCGCCUUCUUCAUUGCCGUCGUCAUCGCGCAAUGGGCUGAUCUAAUCAUCUCCAAGACCCGUCGCAACUCGCUGGUUCAACAGGGCAUGACCAACGGCGCAUUGAACUUCGGUCUGGUUUUCGAGACCACGUUGGCCUGCUUCCUCUGCUACGCACCCGGCAUGGACAAAGCGUUGCACAUGUAUGGCUUGCGGUUUGCGUGGUGGUUCCCCUCGCUACCGUUCGCGAUCCUGAUCUUCAUCUACGACGAGACCAGACGCUACAUCUUGAGAUGCAAUCCCGGUGGAUGGGUGGAACGCGAAACCUACUAUUAA